GGGACGUGUAUUUUGAUUUCAGCAGAUCGCCGCGAAUCCCGAAAACUCAACACGUGCGAGCAUGAAUGGUCGACCCUUUUAGAGGCAAUUAACUUUUAGCUCAAAAGAGCAGAAAGAAUCUCUGAUCAGGCUAUGUGUAUUUUCCGUCCAUACAGUCGAGAUCAAACGUUUGAAUAACGCAGUUUAGAUGUAUUUGGCAUCGGUUUUGAUUGCUUUUUUCGUCGUAUUGGUCACUGCCGUCUAUUGGCUGAGAGGGCGAAAGGACAAAUCCAAACCAAGGAUUUGUGUCCUAGUCCUUGGAGAUGUUGGAAGAAGUCCCCGCAUGCAGUACCAUGCUCUUUCGUGUGCAAAGGCGGGAUUUGAUGUAGACCUAGUGGGAUUCGGAGGUAUGUGAUAUAUUGGCCUCUUCUGUUACAUCAGGAGUUUUGGGGCCCCGGCAUGGGGGUGCGGGGGGGUCCAUUCCCGUUGCAUGUUAACAAGGUAUUUAAAUUUCUACCACCACAGUCAAGAUAUGAUGGACAAAAUAAUGGUCUUACAUGUCACUACUCAAAAUUACUCAAAAUUUCUUAUUUUUUCCUUUUUUCCCUCUCAUAAACAUUUUCUUGGCAGUAAUGAAGUAUUAAUUAAUUAAUUAUUUUUGAAAUUAAAUAUCAAGUACCCCUCAGAAAAAUUAAUGAGAUCAAAGGAGUAGCAUAUUUGUUAGCGGCCACCCUGUAAGAAAUGACCUCUCGCAUCAACCUGGAAGGUGUGGUGGGAGUGGCUAAAGUGGAUAUUGGAUGGACUGCUCCUCAGACCCCUGGCGGGGGGGUACUCCCAUACAUUACCUAUACGGGUAUGUGCCACCCAACGGGGUCGUGAUUUUGAAGCUCCUGAUUUAGAACAGGGUAUCCAUUUCAGAGGCGUUUUCUAGAACGGGGUAUAAAAAAUUGGGGAUCACAGCUUUAUCUUCUGCUUAAAAAUUGUUGCUUAUUAUGAAGAAGCAUUUAUUUGAUGUAUAAGUCGAACAAAUAAAGAAACAUCUUUUUAAAAAAACAGGGCUAUUUCAAUUUACAAUUUUUCUAGAACGGAGUAUAAAAAAUUGGCCCAUUUCUAGAACGGGGUAUCAGUUUUAGGGGAAUUUUUUUUUGGAACGGGGUGCCAAUUUGGAGUCCUGGGCGGCACAUACCCACCCAAAAAAUACCCAAGUGCCCCCCCCCACCACCCCUGGGCUCAGACCCUUGUUGAUCCACAGCAAAAGUAAAAAAAACAUCAUUAAGGAUGGGGUGGUAUGUAAAGCUAAGGGAGAGGAAGUUGGGGCGGGAGGGCAAGUACGAUCUCAAAGCUGGCAGCACAUCCUGGCACAUCCUAUCCCCAUCUCAUUAUGGUUGUUUUCAGUCCCCUUGUUGGUGAGAGGGGUCACAGGGGCCAAGGCUGGUGAAUAAUUAACAAUUAUUAAUUAUUCCAUGAGUGCACCUUGGAUAUGAGAUGGUAGAUAGCCAACGAGGCGCGUAGUGCUGAGUUGGCGAUCAUCAUCUUAUACCCAACAAGCACGAGUGGAAUAAUAUUAUUGUUUAAUUAAAAACACCCACAAAAUAUUGAGAAUUCUUCAAGACUUUAUUUUUAAAAACCACUGAUUUCCAGCUUGUUUUUAAUUUUGAGCAGACGCGUACAAUCAUCACAUUUGGAGAGCAUGGUAUAAUGGCUCAUAGUAUACCUUGAUGGCUAAGCCAAUCAGAGCUCUAGAAUAACUGCAUUAUCCAAUGAUUCAGUUUUUAAUAAUUAUGAAUAGUUUUAUGAACUUUUUUUUAAGUUGUUGUUUAAUCUAAUUAUUUUGUAGGGUCCAGCCCCAUCAAGGAACUCACAGAGAGUGGAAAGGUCUCCAUACAGAUUUUAUCAGACUUUCCAGAAAUAUUUAGAGGUGAGGCUUUCAGUAUGCUUUAGCCACUGGGCCAUGUUUUUUCUGUACCUCCCAGGGGAAGUCCUCUAUUAUAUGGCCUGUACGGGGAUGUGCUGCUGGACAUGGUAUGGUUUUUGUCCUCUCUGUUCUAAACAGUGUACAGUGUAUAAUGAUUUUCGGUGAGUCUGUCCUAAACAGGUUAUAUAAUUUCAUUUGAGUAUGUCCUAAUUAUAAACAGGGUAUUGCCUGUAUGACUGAGCUGAUUUGCUUGAUGAAAUUUGUUUGUACUCCAAGUAUUACAAUAGCAAUGACUAUAAUGUGAAUUUUCUCCAUUGUAAUUGCCAAUGAAUGGCUUUAAAACAAGAUGGUGUGCAAUUGACCUUUGUCCUAAACAGGUUACAUGUAAUAAAGGUAAGGCUAGUUAUCCUAUUCAGGAUAUGUUUUUUAGUUUUUUUUUUGUCCUAAACAGGGUCAGGGUUUCAAACCCUCCACUGGUCGAGUACAAUCCCCCGCCCACCAGGCUCUUCCUUCUGUGUAAUGUGGCCAGGUGUUACAUGAAGUAAUAAUUCUAAUGCACAAAUGUAAAUAGUAGUAUUAUGCUAACAGUUGAAACUGCGUAGAAGGAAACAAACUAUUAAUCUCGUGCAAAUGUUUGCAAAGCAAAGCUUUAUUUUGAAUUACUUUUGUCACAAGCUGCAAUACAAUGCUAACAGGAAAGAACUUUUAUUGAUUUUCUCAAUCUUCAUUACAGGUUUGCCUAAAUUGGUAUUUUUUGCAGUAAAGGCAGUAUUGCAGUUUAUCCAGCUCUUUUUCAUCCUCAUAUGCUGUGGGUCUCAUUGCACACAUUUUUUAGUCCAGGUAUUCAAGCAGUUAUUUUAUGGUACAGGUAAUAAAAGGUCUAGGAAAGACCAAAUAAAUAAGUGCUCAGACUCUGGCCUGUUUUAAGUCCCCUAUUUUCACUUAAGAUCAUUUGGAUCAAGCGUUUACUAUUACAAGCUGCCAUCUGGCUGAUCUGGGUUUCAACAACGCUGUAGGGGCAGGCAUCCAGGUGUAAACCAUUGGGGAGAGAGGUUAGAAAAAAUGGGGAGACUGUAUGUAAUAACUUCUUCACAACUCAUUUUAAAUGAGUUAGUUACUCCAGUAAUGCAAAUCUCUGAUUGGUCGUCAGUCAAUAUGUUUUAAAUUGGGCCUCAUAGCAUAUUUAGCAGACACAUGGUAACAAAUAUGAAAAUGGCUUUUGCAAAUCUAUUGUGAGAAAACACCUUUGCUUGGAAGUGGAGUUUCCAAGCAAAAACAAGAAGGAAUGGUCAGAAUUUGCUAGAGGGCAGGAAGGAGUAGAUUUGCUUUGCCUUGCAAUUGCAUGUACAAUACUGUGUACAUUACAGCAUAUUCACUCAGUAAUGCCUGAUGAUUUUGACCUUUAUUAAUAAAGACCAGAAAGAAGCUAGGAAUGCUGACAACUCAGCCAGCCAUCUGUUGCAUCUUAAGUAAAUUAUAGAUUUUCAGUUGAAAAUUAAUCUAUCGUUUUUUAAUUUCAAAAUCACACCAUAAAAUUUGGUAUGUAUUACCUCUAUGGGGAAUAUGUCAAAAUUUUGAUUUUUACGUUACAGUUGUAAAUACAAUGAGCAUACCAUAAAUCCCCUAUUAAGUCCCCUGGGGGCUUAUUUAUUUCGAGUAAGUUUGAAGGGGGUGGCUUUAUUUAAUUUAGCGAAGAUGAUGGUAUCAAUUCUCCACUAAAGCUAAAAGUAAAGUGGAAAAGCUCAGGCUCGUGAAGUUGGAUGUCAUGCGGCCAGGAGAGAUGAAAACAAAUCCGAAUCCAGCAUGCGAAUAAAUCAUACCAGAUUGCGGAUCAGUUCACAUGAAGUGUUUAAGUCUACCAUUUAAGAAUAAGGGGGGGGGAAGGGGGGCCUUAAAAGAGGGGGGGGCUGAAUAACUUUCUCUCAAAAUGGGGGGGGGGGGGCUUAAUAGAGGAUUUAUGGUAAUUCUUUAUCUCAUACUCAGCCUCAUCCAAUAACUGCUGAUUGUUUCAUUAAUAGAAUCCUCCAGCUAUUCCAUCACUUGCUGCCGUCUGUUUUGUAAGCAUGUUAUGUGGUAGCAAGUUCAUUAUUGAUUGGCACAAUUAUGGCUUUACAAUUUUGGCCCUCGGAGUGAAAAAAGAUGGACAUCCUUUGGUGAAGAUUGCCAGAUGGUAGGUUUCUUUUCUGGGGCCUUAUGACCCAAACAAUGUACAAUGUCAAGUCAGAGAUUAAGUUCUUCCUGACGAUAAUUAAAGGGGCUGUACUGUUACAUUUUCCUAGUUCAUUUGGUUAAUUUUGCCAAUAACGUGUCUUUAUACGAUAAGGAAAUUAACAUUAGUGAGGAAUCACAGCUUUGGUGGUUUCUAAGAAAUAUCUCUCACAAAGCAUCAUAAGUCAAGCAUUAAAAAACACAGAAAUGGAACUGGAAAAACUGUUAGGCUAACAAGUUUUCAAAAAUGACAACUGCAAUCUGUUUUAAUCUUCUUCAAGUUUUUCCAUCCGUGCCCUCUUUUGUAUACACUGUAUGUUACCUUCUUUUAUUGUCUCAGGCCAUUAUUCUUAUGGUUGCAGCUCUGGCUGUUUGAAUUUUGAUAAAUUUUGUGACACGGCUCCUUUAACCCUUUAAGUCACAAUAGCUACCAACAGCAAUUUUCUCCUAACGAUAUCCAUACAUUAUCAUGAGAUUGGGUUAUGAGAAUUAAUAAAAUGAUCACCUAAGAGAAAAUACUUUGAUCUUUUAUCAAAUUCUCUGAACUAAUUCUUAAAAGAAAUGUAUAGAGAUCAGUUUGGAGAAUUUGUAUGUGGAUAUUGGGGCUUAAAGGGUUAAAGCUAAGAUGUCAAGGGAGAGUAUUUUUCAAUAUCUUGUAGGUAUGAGUUCUUCUUUGGAAGCAUGUCCUCACAUAAUUUAUGUGUCACUCAAGCAAUGCAGAAGGAUUUGUGGGAUCACAGGGGAAUUAGGUUUGUAAACAAUGAUUAACAGACAGUACAUUUAAUUAUUGGUUUCAUGAGAAAUAGUUCAUUUUGUCUCCAAAAAACAGCCAAACAUUGAGAAUUAAGGGGAUCUGCAGUCAUUAGUAAUUUGAUGGCACAACAAGCACAAGAUCCAAGCGUACCAUAAAUAUGAAAAUUACAGUCAACAGAUCUCAACAAUCACAGGCUAUGGUGCGUGGCCCCCUUAAAUUAAAGAAAAACUGAGACUUGAGAAAAAAUAUUUUUGAGUGGACCCCCUUUCUUCAAGGAUUUGAUCCAUUACUGACUCUCAACCUCUGCUUUCGUAGAUUUUGGUAUUUUAAUUGGCAGUUUUAGCGACUUUUAGCAGAAAAUAGUUUCAUUCAUUUUUGUUAGAUGAAUGAGCCAAUGAGAGCAUGCAUAUUUUUCGGAGAAAACCAGAUAACAAUAAUAUCUUGCAUUUAUGUUAGAGUGGUUAAUUCUAUUGAGGGUAAAGGUAAAGGUUUUGCAUUGUCAAAGUUGUACUUUGCAAUAAUAAGCUAAACAGUUUUGUAGCAUCUUGAUAGAAUGUAAUUUAUGUUCAUAACAGUAUCUAGUGACUGUUUUUCUUUUGCACACUCUCAGUUUUUUUAUUGAUGUCUUUCAGUAGAUUGACAACCUCUUUUUAUCUCUUCAAAUUAAAAAAAAAAUACUUACAAUGCAUGUACAGCUGUGUACCAUACUUGUUUCCAGGGCAGUCACACUUUAUGACAGACCUCCAUUACGUUUUCAAGCAGUGGAUCUUACUUCACAGCAUGAGGUGACUUAUUCUUGUUUCUCUGUUAAUAAAAUAAAUAUUGUACAACAUUGUGUGCCUUUCAUUCUUUUGCUUUUGUUUUUAUUGCAUGGUAAAUUUAGUAUUUCCCAUAGUUCUGUUGACGGUAUGUUGCUCUUAGUGCAGAAAAUGAAAAUGGGUACAAAAAGAGUGGUUGGAAUAUUGAUAUAUUGAUUUUAGGAACACGCUUGUAAGCCAUCUAAAAUUUGGGGAAGAAACCUUAGAAACACCGGUGAUAUACACUAAUAACAUACACGAUUUAAAUCAAGAGGUAAAACAAUGCAAUAAUUAUUAUUAUUUUGGGUAAUCAGGUUACAUUAUUCUUGGAAGGUAAUAUCAUCAAUUCAACAUUUCUAUUUUUGUAGCUUUUUGAAAAACUAUCAAAAGAGUAUGAAGUUUUCAGUGCAUUGGAAAGGUAAUAACUUUUAUGUGGCCUUUUAAUGUAGUAAGAACUUUUCGAGUGACCUUCCCAUUUAUCUGAAUAAGGACGCUUUCACAUUAUGUUUUAGUAUUGUAAGUGUUAAGUUAACAUUAUUUUUAUCCCAUUUGAAGCCCGUCAGAAUACAAGGAAAAUGUUGCUUCCAUGACAGCAUUUACACUCCAGCUCAAAGAUGGGAGAGUUCUCAACAGACAGCACCGAUCUGCUCUAUUGGUCAGCAGUACUAGCUGGACAGGUAGCAGCUACUUUCUUCCUUUUGAAACAGGAAUACAUGUAGAUACCAGUAUGGCCAUAGCAGAUCAAUCUUGUCUUUGUCUCCUAGCCCUAAUUCAUUAAUAAUUAGGGCUAGUAGACAAAGGAAAUAAAAAAUCAACAUAGAUUACAAAAUUUUAACCUGUAACAUAUGACACACCACCUUAUACCAUUACUUCAUAGUAAGACAUCACACAAAACAAAUGUUUUUUUUUUCAUUUUAUCACAUGCCUUUGUUUUUAAUUUUACAGAGGAUGAAGACUUUUCCAUUCUUUUGGAUGCUCUUGAAGGUGAGAAUUCUUCCUUAAAUUUUCCUGUUUCUUCUGGUAGAACUUGUGAGAUGGAAUAUGAACCUGUUACUUAAUACUGGGACUUGUCGCUAAUUUCUAUUCAUAAUCUCUUGUUUUGUUAAAUUUCAACAGCCUAUGAGAAGUUUAUCACUGAAAAUAAGGAAAACCUUCCCUCGUUAGUUUGUGCAAUAACUGGUGAGUUUUAAGCUUAUGUCAAACCGUUUAGACAAUUUUUUUUAUGUUAAAACAUUUAAUAAAAUACAAAUCUGCUUAUACAUGUAUUGUUGUUUCCUUUCUCAGGCAAAGGACCUUUAAAGAAAUAUUACCAAAACAUAAUUAUUAAUGAAAAGGAUUUUAAACAUGUGAGAAUAUGUACUCCAUGGCUGGAGCCAGAGGAUUAUCCAAGACUGCUUGGUAGGCCAUUUAUAUUAAUUUUAUGAAAGGUUACCUUUAAAGUUGUUGCAAGUCACAGGACAUGAGGUUUUCAUUGUUAAGGAUGUCAGAUGGUAAACCGAAAAUAUCCAAAGAUGCCUGAAGAUUAUUUCCGAUGGUGUUGGAAGAUAUCUAUAGACGUUUAUCAGAUUUUUGAGCCAUUCUUACUUUUUUGGCACUUCAAUGUCCCAAACAUCUUGUACAGCAACUGGAAGUCAAGAAGGCUCAUGUGCUUGGACUGCUGUUUUCUGAGGAUAACUGAAAAGCAGUGGAGUUAAAUAACAGUCUUUAACGGAAGCAAACCAAGGAAGUUCAAAUAGAAAGUUCAAAAAUAAGUUAUUGUAGUUCAUCCGUUUUAUACAUGAACCUGUGGCUCGGAUGAUCGGUGCCACCCCAUCCCACGUAUGGACGUUAAUAAAUUGAUUGAUUGAUUGAAGAUGUACAUGCAGUUUCUUGGGCCGUGCAAGCUAAAUGCAAAAGUUGAGGUGAGAAAUGCGAAAAGGAAGUGGUUUGCUUUGUUUAGCUCUUGCUUUAACUUUUACUUUCAUUUUGCACAGUAACGCUUGCUACUCAGGCUUGAAUCAAAGGGUAGCUGUUUCUUGAGGUUGUGUCCAAGUUAACUAACUAGGAGUCAUUUUCAUGAAACCAACAAAUUCUAAUUUGUUUGAAGCGAAGGUGUCAGCAAAAUAUCACAUAAAAAUAGAAAUAAAUAAUAAUAGUAAUAAUGAUAAUAAUAAUAAUAAUGAUAAUAAUUACAAUAAUAAUAAAUUAGGUGUAUUUACUUUCAGGUUCAGCUGAUCUUGGUGUGUGUCUUCAUAAAUCUUCCUCAGGACUUGAUUUACCAAUGAAGGUCAGUCUACUGAGAGCUUCAUAACCUUCGUUGUAUGCUUCCUGAUCCGUGCACUUGAAGAGUUAGAUUGCCCCAUACCUGAAGAAACUCCACCUCAAGCAGUUUAAGUCUGUGAUGAAUUAAAUUUUUCAACCAUUAUAAUGUACUCAUGGCCAUCAACCCGUUGCCUGCGUGGCAUUCAUUUAAGUGGGAAGUGAAGGGGGAAUUCGGGCGCUAGCACCUGAAUGGCGCCCUUGCGCGCCUAAACUCCCAAUUCAAACCAGGGUUGACCUCCUAUGUAUGGCAUAUACGGAGAUGUGCCGUCGUGUGUAGCUUACUGAGAACAGGAUCCCAAAUUCGGAGGAUUCACCUUUUUCUUGUCUACCCUGCGAGCAAGCUUUCCAUUCGCAGGAGUCACGAGAAGUCACGCGAGAGCCGCACGCGAAACAACAACUACAGUUUUAUUCGUGCCCAGCAGUAUACUAUAUUGAUUAACAAAAUGAAUUAACAAAAAUAUAGAGGAGUACAGCUGCCCCAAAUAACCAUAGCGGCUAAAGAAAAUGGGCAGCCCAGCCAUAAGGAGCAGCUGAAAGGAGAUGUGAGUACGAGGGGCCGCUCGGCCUCGCUCGCGCGUCCUCUUGCUUGCUCGCUGGCUAUUUCUUGUCUGGAGCAAGCAGCAAACACUUGUACAACGAGCUCAAAACUAAUUGAUUUUAAUUUCAGAUUUUUACACAGACGUUUACCAACUAACAGCUAUCUGCAAAAAAUAGGAGUUAAAGAGGACGGAAAAUGUACUUUUUGCCAUGACGAGAAAGAGGAUUUGGUGCAUCUAUUUUGGAAAUGCCAAAAAACCAAAAAUUUUUGGGAUAAUUUCUCGAUAUGGCUUCAGUCGUGCCAGAUCCUCCAACCAGGCAGUUACUUAGACAUGACUACCGCUUUGGGCCUAACGCCAGACAGCUCUUCCUUUAAGCUCCAUAUAAAUUUCUGUUGUCUUAUAGCUAAGAACUUUAUCUGGAUAUGCAGAUCAAAAGAAUGUUUCCCAAUUCACAACAAUUUCUUGUUUUAUCUGAGACAUGUAUACCAAUUAGAAAAUAAGACACCGCACAAUACAAAAAAAUGGAAACCUUUCUUUUCCUCGCUGGGUCUUGUCUCCUAACUCCAAAAACAUAAAUUAGUGCACCUACUAUGAGUAUUUAUAUUACUUUCACCACAAAGAAAGAAAAAAAAAAUGUAAAAAAUUAAUUAUAGAUUAUACUAAGUACAGUAAUAUAUGGAAUUACCAUUGCUGUAACGUAUUUUAAUAUUUGUAAGUAUAUUGCCAUGUAAGUGUGUAAAUUCGCUAUUUGUUUUUUUUUGUUACUUUAUUUGUUACUUUUUUUUUUUCUAUUUAUUAAUUUAUUUAUUCUGUGUAAUUUUUGUUUCUUUUCUGUGUGUGUAUUACUUGCAAUAAAAAAAAAAUAAUAAUAAAAAAUAAAAAAUAAAAAAAAAAUUAAAAAAAAUAUUUCUUGUCUGGAACAAGUUCAGAGACGUGGAGAAUAAGCAGCACACUCUUGUGGAAUAUUUAAGGAACCACCGCCUUGGAGCGGAUGGUACGUCGGAGUCGUAACUAAGAGUGCAUACAUACAUAUUGUUCUUAUCAGGUGGUGGACAUGUUUGGAUGUGGCCUACCAGUGUGUGCUAUACAUUUUGACUGGUAAGAGUGCGGACUAACAUUUCGUUUUUCGUAAUGUCAUUAGUUAACGAACCUAUGAUGGUAUAUGGGAAUUAAGGCAAGGAUUUUUGACGAAGUCAUCCAGGGUGAAACCUCGUUUCUGUCUUUUGCAUCUCCUUAGCGUUCGAUCUUCAGGGCCUUAGCUAGGUUUUUAUAAUCGGGGGGUGGGCGGCAUUAUCGCGAGUGCCGAAGGCAAAAGCCUUGUAAGGGGGUCUUGGGGUAUCCUCCCACAGAAAAGUUUUAAAUUUGGUGGCUCCGAAACGCUAUUUUCAGCACUUGUCAUGAGAGAUGUCUCCUAAAAAUCGACCUCGAAUCAUCACGAAAAUGACAAACAAUUGCAAGUCACUAUAAUCAAAAUGACUGAGUCUAAAGGAAACAAAUCCAUCCACAGGCUUGAGUUGUCUGGCUCAACAGGUCCAGGAGGGGGGGGGAGGGGGGGGGGCAGCUGCCCCUCUUGUACCCCCCUCGCUAGCUACGGCUCUGAUCUUGUACAUAUCUGUUGUCUUCUCUUUUUCUUUCAGCUUACAUGAGUUAGUGAAACAUGAAGAAAACGGACUGAUAUUCCAUGACAGCUUAGAGCUCGCUCAACAACUGAAGGUAUGUUUCAUGAAUCUGGCACCAUCUGUUACAGUCUUUUUGCCUACAGUAGUAUAACUGAACUUCCAAUAGACCGUUGCACGGUUUUUACAAGUUUUGAUAAAGACCAGUAAGCGAAUAUCCAUGGACACUGCUGAACAUUUACCAAGUAUAAUGGUAAUACGUCCAAAGCGAGCGAAGAUAUUGCUUCCACAAAGUCGGGAAAUUUUACAGACGUUUGUAUGGUGAGGGCUAGCCUGCGUAGCAAGCGUUUCCGUUUGGUUUCGGGGCAAAAAGAGCUCAUGGAAAGGGACUUUCGGUUUUGACCGCGGGAGAAAUGAAACGAGAACCAACCUCCCCGCUCUUUUACUUGCGCCAUUUUACGCGCGGCGUUUGACUUUUGUUCCUAAACCGCACAGAAACGCUUGCCACGCAGGCUAGGUGACGACAAGAGAUUGACCCCCCUACCAAACAAAGGGCUGUAAACUUCCGCGACUUUGCGGAGCUAUUUCUUCUUCAGUUCAAAACAAACCACUUUUAAACUUGUCAGUUUUACAGAGUUUUAGGUGUUAGUCUGUCCAGCCGUGUUGACGGAGUUUUGCUGACUGGUCCCGUCAUUCACAAGUUCUUCAUAUUUACGGUUAGCAAACGUACCAGAGUGUUUUUACUGCACAACAAAAGUAAAGUGUUUUUCAUUCAAUCUGAAAAAUGGGUCAAUUCAUAAAAAUGGAAAGUGACUAAGUUGGGAUCUCGAAAAUUACGCAUUUGCCCAAAAGUGACUAAGAUGGGGUCUAUAAUUGAUCACAGAAUAGACUAUAAUGGGGUAGGGGCUCUGAGGGGCAAGCGGCACAUAUCCAGCAAAAAUUACCCCAAGUACCUUCCCCCUGGAACUCCUCUACUACACUAAGAGCCUGCCUUAGCAUAACUUGACAAAUUUUAUCUGUUGGUCAGUUGAUGUAUUUAUGCCGAGUUUCGUUAAAGUUAGUAAUUAUAUAGGUGUCUGGGUGUCCCCUUUGUCGAGGGUUUUCUCUUGGUUAGUUUUGUUUGUUUUGUUUGUCAGUUACUGAAAUAAGGUUAUGUAUCCAACUUUUGUGGUUAUCUAAGCUUUUAUUCUGAUUGUUCUUUUGACAUUAUAGCAAAACCUACCUAUAUGCUCUUCAGUAUAGGCCAGAUAUUAAUAAUUGCUCUUAACAGUAUGAUUCUUUUCAGUCGCUUAAUUGGUCCUCAUUUUCUUUGACAGAAACUUUUUAAAGGGUUUCCUUUGAGCAAACCUUUACUCUCAAGUUACAAAGAAAAUCUUGCAAGUUUUCAAAGGACACGAUGGGAUGCGAGCUGGAAUAAGAUUGUCCUCCCUCUACUAAAGGAAAUUUGACAGUGCUUGUGCGUUUCAUAGAAAUGUUUGAAAUGGCAGCUGACGAGUAAAUCAGGAAAAAUUUACAACUGAAAUGUCGUCGAGGAGAUUUGUAAUAGGCAAUGAAAAACUCUGCUGGAAUUGUCUCGUUGGGUCACAUUAUGGUUUUUCAUCGUGGUCUAAAGUUAAAUGGUAAAGAGGAUUGUCGUUAGUUCGUCUCACGAUGUAAUCACUUGAGGUGUAAGAUCGCGAAGCGUCACGUGCUUACUCUUAGUCUUCGCAGCACAAUCAUUUGUAUCGCAUGACCCGCUGUGAUUGGUUCAUUGGGUCCUCUCUUUUACGGCAGACGCUGAAUUUUUGCACUUUUUUUCUUUGGUGUUAGUCUGUUGGAGACACAACCGACACAACCUCUCUCUCGUCCUCUCUCGCACGAGAGACCCUGGCAACGAGGAGUUCAGACUAAUGUCUUGAAGGGCCCCCAAAAAAAUGGUCCCCAAGGGCCCUCCUCAACACCUAAAUGACCGUCUUCUCGGGUGGAGCCUUCCGGUAUGGAAAAUAUUGAUGGUCAGCCCCACUGGCCCCACUGGAUCAGAUAAAUGGACGUUAUUUGCUCUUUGUGGUUAAUUUACUAAUUUAC